AUGCGACUUCGCACUUUCACCCGCGGCCUUUCGGGAAUCCUUCCUAGCGAGGGAAGAUGGAGCGGGGACCCCGAGCGCUUCCCCCGGCCCGAGGCUGUCACCGCGGAGCGGGGACCGAGCGCUUCCCCCGGCCCGGGGCUGUCACCGCGGAGCGGGGACCGAGCGCUGCCCCCGGCCCGGGGCUGUCACCGCGGAGCGGGGACCGAGCGCUUCCCCCGGCCCGGGGCUGUCACCGCGGAGCGGGGACCGAGCGCUUCCCCCGGCCCGGGGCUGUCACCGCGGAGCGGGAUGCGCGGAUGCCCCAGCGGGGCGGGGAUGCUCUUGCAGAGCUGUGAAAGGACCGUGGCAGGUUUGGCCUUUCCCAGCGCCGCCCGGGGGCCCGGGGGAAGCCCCCAUCGCACAUCGCACAUCGCACAUGUGUGUGCGGGGGAGCCGGGCAGCGCGGGGCUCCUGCGGGGGCGGCGGAAGCUGCAGAUCCGUGCGAUGCCGCGGAGGCGGGGGGCGUUCUCAAAAACGUUUGAGGCCCUGCACCCCGAGGGGAUCUGUCCCGGAUGGAGCAUCGUGGUCAAGGGUGAGACCUGCUCCAGUUCAGGCAUGUUUGAGAUUAAUUUGCUCUGUGAUCCCGGGGACCAAAUCGCUCUCCACUUUAACCCUCGCCUCUCCAGCUCCAGAAUUGUCUGCAACUCCUUCCUCAACAGCCACUGGGGGCAGGAAGAGGUUAACAGCACCUUCCCCUUCAAGGCAAAGGAGCCCUUUCAGGUUGAAAUCUACUCUGACCAGGACUAUUUCCACGUUUUCAUCAAUGAAAACAAAGUCCUGCAGUACAAGCAUCGGCAGAAGAAUCUCUCAUCCAUCACCAAGCUGCAGAUUCUGGAUGAUAUUGACAUUUCUUCAGUGGAAAUCACCAAACGAGCUCUUUACUAG